AUGCCGGAGGAUGCAAAGGUCGAUGCCCUGAGGCGAGAUAUAUAUGACCAGCCGGCCUACAAAGAUGACUUGGAGCACAAGAAGCUACCUUUAUACAAGCCUGGCGAUCUGAAUAUUGAGCCAUCAGGGACACUUCAUGAACGUGCCCUUAAUUGGCUACAUGAUCCAAGGUGUCAGCUGAUGCAGCCUGAGAUGAUAGAUGUCAUUGCUCUAGCUGAAUCAAGGGUCGUUCCUGCUAAACGAUCGCAUGCUAGUGUAGAAGAAUCCUCUGAGGCAGGCGACAGGUCCAUUAGAAAGCUUGGGGUAAAGGAAGAGGAUGCUGAGUCUGGACUGUUAUUCAAUAUACAUAACUAUCUCUGGGGUCGAAAAGAUCUAUUGUCGACGAUUCGUGAAGAGACGAACAAAAAGAUGCCGGAUGAGGGAUCGGUUGAGGACGAGGACGAGGGAUCAGUGCUGGAUGAGGGAUCAGACCCAUUCGCACCGCACUUUAUGAUCCAAGACGAGUACAAAGCGCUUGGAAAUUCGUCGCAGGACAUAAGGGUGGUUAUGUACUGGUUAUUGGCCAACCAGGCAUAG